UGCACGCGAGGUCUCGUAACUCGAAAUCGCGAUAUCGAUUUUUGCCGGUUGGUCGGUGUAUGCCGUGAAUUGGCAAUUUGCAUUAAAUAACACUUGAACCUAGAAAGGUAGUCUUGAACAACACUUCCGACGACGACAGAUAAAUUCUGAAUUUAUAUAACUUCAUCCGCAUAAAUUGUUGUGAUUGGAUGGUACUGAGUACAGACUUAUAAUAGAUACUGAGGCAACCCUGUCGUUAGGUUAGGGCAAAUACAGUGAACCACAUCGAAAAAAAAAUCACUUCUAAUACGGUCUCCGAAAGUAACCUACGUUAGAAAUUCUAAUUUAUAGAGGUUAAAAGUUAUAUUGGUCAAGUUUCAAGCAGGAUAUUUCCCUGUAAUAUUCCAGUCAUGGGAUCAAGUCAAAGUGCCAGAAAGUUGACCAUUUCCAAUGAUGAGGUAGUCGGAGUGAUUCAAGUGUCAGACGCAGUUGUCCAGCGACUUCAGGGUGUUGAGGAUGAAAUUGGAUCCAAGGAUGUAAGGGAUGCUCAGCCAUCCAAUCUGAUGUCACUGCCCAGUGGGGUUCCAAUACUCCCUGGUCAGGGUGCUCCGUCAAAUGGAGUGGCAGUUUAUCAUUAUCCAGAAUAUACUAUAUCAGCUCUUGAAAUCCAACAGCAGAAAGAGGAAGAACUCAAGAGCCAGGAUCAGUACUGGCAGCGACGUCUUCAAAAUUUGGAAAGAAAUCAUGAAAAAAUUGAUACUAUCAUGGCAAUCGAGUACAAGAAAGCAGUCAACGAGUUUACAGAUGGUAAAAAUGCUCCGUCUACCAAAAUGCCGAGACCUCCCUGCAUUGAGAAUAGCACCGAAGUACUAAAGUGCUAUCAAGAAAAUCCCAAGGAAAUACUAAAGUGCUCCACUUUGGUUGAAGAAUUUUCCAACUGCGUGGAUCAACGUCGUGCAAAAAUCAUCGCUGCUCGAUGCUGAGAUACCUUAUGAACUUAGCAGAUUAUUAAUUUUAUUUUCCUUUGUUGGAGUUUGAACGUUUAGUUUUCAACAAAUUGUACAGCAGUUGGUAUGAAUAAAAUAUUUAUUGUUCACAUUGCAAA